ACACUCGUCCUCAACCCAGCCCUCAUAACCCAAGACUACGACCUCCUGCGCUUCUCCGCCGCAGCCUCGCUCCAGCUCCCCCCCGCGCACACCACCCCGGACCCCGCCGACCCAACCACCUACUCGACCUCGCUCAUCUCCUCCCCCUACAACGUCCCAGGCCACUACCUCGACCUUUCAUCUCUUUCAACACCCUCGCUCCUCCUCGCCCUCGCCCUCACGACCCUCGCCCCCGCGCGCCCCGACUACGCAACCGCGCCAUACACCGAGGCCUUAAACUUCCCUAUCGUAUUCUCCACCCUACGCUCCCUCAUCACCACAACGCGUCUCCCCUUCCCCGCGUCCUCCUUCUACGUCGUAACCUUCCACUCCACCCUGCACCCCACAGCAUCCCAACCCCUCCUCCACACGCUGGACUUCGAAUCCCACCGCGAGGCGUGCGAGAGCGGCGGGUUGUUGAAGUAUUGGUUCGGCAAGGCGGAUUUAGGCGGCGAUAGGAGGAAUCUGGCGACGUGUUUUUGGGCGGGGAGGGAGGAGGCGAGGAGGGGGGGGAGGGGCGAGUGGCAUGCGAAGGCGAGGCGGGCGGGGGGGGAGUUGUAUGAGGGGAUUGUGUUUGGGACGUGGAGGUUGUGGGUUGGGGAGGGGGGGCGGGGGUGGGGAUUGGAGGCUUGGGAGGACUAGGGGGGUGUUCUGGGGAGGGUUGCUGGAGGUAAAGGUGUGGGUGUUGUUUUCCAGGCUUCGGGAGGCGGGCGGAUGGCUGUCUGGGUGCGUGCGGAUGGGCUGCGGACUUGCAUCAUCCAUUGGCGUUUAGGUCGGACUGCGGCUUAUCAGUGGCCAUCAGGGCUGUAUGAGAUCAUUGAAAUCAUUGAAAUCAUGGAAUCGAUACAUUAAAACAGAGACGGAAAAG